UGGUGGGCCAGUAGGGCCUCAGUUACCUUCACUCUGACAACGGGCGUUUACAUUGCUUUUUUUUUUACGUUGGCUUACCUUCGAAUUAUACCAAGUUUUUGUUGCAAGGAAGGGAGAGCACAUCUUGGUAACGUGUUAACAUCGGUGAGGUGAACCUGGGAGGGAUAUAUUUGUUACCUCGUCAAUAAUCAGCAGUGGUGGUGCUGUGAGGGAGACACUAGGGCGUGUGUUACCUUGCAUAUUACAUUAGUGUACCCUCAAAUUAUACCAAGAUCUUGUUCCAAGGAGGACUGAGCACACCUUGGUAACGUCUUAGCAUCAGUGGAGUGAACCUUAGAUGGGAUAUCUGCCUUUAAGGUUGCUGUUAGUGUUGUAGUUCUCACAAGGGUGAGGACCUUCCUCUUGACUGUGUUAAGAGGGCAUCUUGACCUCUUGUGUUGCACACACUGUACCUGGUAUUAUGACCAUCUCGCAGCAAGAAUACUUUGUCGUAGAUGAAGUGUACAAACCUGGUAGUGUCGUUAUAAUUUCGGGAAGUCUCUCCAGCAUACGUCUCUGGACUCUAAUACCUUCUUGCCCAAUAAACCAGCCAAGACAUUUUUAACUUACAAGUGAACUGUAGUAAUUUUUUGAUGUCUUCACACUACUGAAGAAAUACCACAAGAGCUUAUUUCACUCCAGCAAGAAAAGAAAUACUGAAUAUUUUAGCUUCAAGCCAAUCUGAUUUAUACAUUAUUACCUCAACUAAAAUACAGUAGUAUUAAGUUUACGAAGCGUAUUGAAGAAAUUAUUAACAACAGAAUACUACAAAUUAGCCGCUGUCUUAAGCACUUGGAUCAAAAACUGGUAUCAAGUAAGCCUCAAAAUGAAGCUGCUGCCAGAAUCUUCAGGGUUUGAGGCCAUCAACAACGCUCUCAACAUUGAAACUGUUGAUGGCAGCAUAAUGGGCAGACUGGAAAGUUACUCAUGCAAGAUGGUGGGUCAAGAGAAGGCACUGUACAAGAGGUUCCACAGUUUCUCUGGCAUGAAUGACCUUCAGGCACUUUCGCCACCUCAGUCCAUGGAUGGGGCAUCAUCGCCACAUUCCCUUAAUAAUAUGAUGGAGUGCCAAUUCUGGCCUCAACUGUCAAGUGUAAGAUUUGUUCCCAGGAGUUUGCAAAGCAGUGGAGGUGAAGACAGUCCACUGGAAGAUAAGAUCAACCGCAAGACACUCUUUUACCUGAUAUCCACCCUCAAUGCAGCCUUCUACCCAGACUAUGAUUUCAGUAAUGCUUCAUCUCAAGAAUUUUCUCGGGAACCUUCUUUGGAGGUAAGUGAUGUUGAAUAUCAUGUAAUGAAUGAAUAAUCUUUCAUUACUACACUGGCAUAAAGUAAUUAACAAACCCAAAAGUUUCAGGAAUAACAAAAGGUACCAUUUGGUUCUGUGUUGUGUGUUAAAACUGAAGAUGGUAUCAUAUUUGGUUUGAAUUAAGGAAGAGUUGAGGUAGUGUGUUAGAUCAUACUGAAGGAUGAUUUGAAUAGACUGAUGCCAUGGCUGGUGUGUGUGUGGGGAAGUACCCUGGCUCGUGUGUUCUUUCUUGAAUUUUAUCAUGUUUCUCACCUUCUUUACCAAAGGGCUGGCACUAGGAGCUUUCUUUGGCCCAUGGUGGCUUAUUUAGCAGUUGCAAGCACAAAUAACAAUGGAUUAUUACAAAAUGUGUCGUAUGAAUGCAUGGAGUGAUGGUCACUGACCAAUAAACUGGGAAUGGUGUGUGGGGCGCCUUUGUGUGACGUAGACAUUGGGAGACCACUCGUACACGUUUUGGACAAGCAACGAAUGGCGAGGCAAAUUACGAACCGCGAGGCUGUUUUGAUGAAAAAAGUUGUCGAAAGUUAAAAUUUACAAAGCUGUAUUCCAUUCCUUUUUGUGCUUGCAACUGCUAAAUAAGCCACCAUGGGCCCAAAGAAAGCUUCUAGUGCCAGUCCUUUGGUAAAGAAUGUGAGAAACACAAUAGAAUUCAAGAAAGAAAGAAACUGCAAAAUAUGAAAGUGGCGUGCGUGUGGCCCAUCUUGCCAGGAUGUAUGGGAAGCCUCAUACAAUCAUCGCUUCCAUUGUGGUGAAGAAAAAGGAAAUCAAGGAAGCUGUUGUUGUGAAAGGGGUAGAUAUGCUUACAAAAAAGAGAUUGCAAAUACUCGAAGAUGUUCAGAAUUUGUUGUUGGUGUGGAUCAACCAAAAUCAGUUAGCAGGAGAUAGUGUUAUGCAGUCAAUAAUUUGUGGAAAGGCAAAACAGUUGCAUGCUGAUCUCGUAAAGAAAAUGCCUGGAUCGAAUGCUGAUGUUAGUGAAUUUAAGGCCAGCAAAGGCUGGUUUGAGAGACUCAAGAAGCAAAGUGGCAUACACAGUGUGGUAAGGCAUUGUGAGGCUGCAAGUUCUGACAAAUGUGCGGCUGAAAAAUUCGUGCAGGAAUUCAAGGACUAUGUAGAGGCUGAAGGGUUCAUCCCCCCAACAAGUGUUCGGUUGUGACGAAACAGGCCUCUUUUGGAAGAAAAUGCCAGAGAGGACUUGCAUCACACAGGAGGAAAUGGCACUGCCAGGACACAAGCCUAUGAAAGACAGGCUAACUCUCAUGUUCUGUGGUAAUUCUAGUAGGGAUUUCAAAGUGAAGCCUUUACUGGUGUAUCACUCUGAAAAUCCCAGAGUGUUCAAGAAAAAGUGUCGCCAAGAGUAAAUUGUGUGUGAUGUGAAAAGCUAACAGUAAGGCAUGGGUUGCAAGGGAAAUUUUCCUUGAUUGGUUCAGUGAUGUGUUUGGCUGAAGUGUGAAGAAAUACCUCCUGGAAAAUAAACUGCCACUCAAGUGCCUCCUGGUAAAAGACAAUGCUCUUGCUCAUCCUCCAGACUUGGAUGACCAAAUGGUGGAGGAGUUUAGUUUCAUCACAGUGAAGUUCUUUCCCCCUAAUACCACUCCUCUCAUCCAGCCGAUGGACCAGCAGAUCAUUUCAAACUUCAAAAAACUCUACACGAAAGCCAUGUUUCAAAGGUGCUUUGAUGUGACACACUCAAUUGACCCUAAGAGAGUUUACUUCAGUAUCUUCCAUUGCAUAACCCUUAUAGAUAAGGCUUGGCAGGGAGUGACUUUCAGGACUUUGAACUCUUCUUGGAGAAAAUUGUGGCCAGAUUGUGUCCUCAAGAAAGAUUUUGGAGGGUUUGAGGCUGACCCUGACAACCCUAUGCCAGUUGUGGAAUCUAUUGUGGCAUUGGGGAAUUCCAUGGGGUUGGGUGUGACUGGCUAGGAUGUAGAAGAGUUGGUGGAGUACCACAAUAAAGAGCUAACUGAAGAGGUGCAAGACCUUCAUCUGCAACAGCAACAGACCACAACUCAGGAAAUUGAGUCAUCAGAGGAGGAGGAAGAGAGAGAUGGAAGAAGGUGCCUUCUUCAAGGAUUAACCCUUUGAGGGUUUUGGUCGUACUAGUACGUCUUAUGCGUAGGGGUUUUUGACGUACUAGUACGCAUAAAUUCUAGCGGCCUCAAAUCUCGCGCGAAAAGGCUGGUAGGCCUAGGUGUGAGAGAAUGGGUCUGCGUGGUCGGUGUGCACGGUAGAAAAAAAAUCUGGGACCCAGUGGUGCAUUGUGGGAAUGCCCUCUUAGUAAACAAUGUCCACCAUGCCUCACGGUAAGAAGCUCCUCACUCCUCGGCGAAUUGGGACACUUUUGUUCCCCAGUGACAGUUCUAAUAGUGAUGGAAGUGCCAGUGAAGAUGAGUUUCAUGGUUUUAGUAAGGUUUUGACUGAAACUAAUGACCAUAAUAUCGGUAAUAGUGAAGAAAACCCAGACGACCCUCAGCCUUCCACCUCUGGUGCUGGGCCCUCGUGUUCACGUUCAGUUGUUCCAGAACCCAAGAGGAAACUUCUAUUUUCCCAAAUCCCAGACUCGGAUGAGAGCAUGGGUGAUGAUAGUGAUAGUGAAUAUGAACUACAAGCUCUUCAAACUAGUUCCAGUAGUGAUAGUGAAGUGCAAUAUUCCCCAGUGAAGCGUCAGUAUAUACGACGAUAUAUGCGCUCUGGUAGUGUGCCAUAUGUUAUACCAAGGGGAAGGAGUGUAUCUCGGAGUACAUCCCGUGGCUGUACAACAGGAACAGACAGUGAAAAUGACGAAGAUACUGUUGCAAUUGGGAUGGAAAAUGUGCGUGGUGGUAGUGGUGCCGGCGGUGAGGCACCAGCAGUGGGCCAUGCUGCCACCCACGCCGCUGCCUCAGCUGAUCUAGAACAAAGGCCACCAUCCCCCACUCACCCACCACACCAGCCUCCACAACCACAACCACAACCUCCACAACCACAACCACCUGUCAUUGUCAGUACCCACCAGCAGACCGCACCUGGGAUUGGCAGGAAGCUGUCAAUUUUGUUCCAAAUCCCCACCAGUUUGAUGACAGCCAAAGUGGAAUACGGCCAUCUUGUGCACUUGGGAACAAUGCCACUGAACUGGAAUGUUUCGAGUUAUUCUUUGACGAACCACUGAUGAAAAGUAUUGUCAUGGAAAGCAACACAUACUACGAGUACACCAUGGCAAACACAUUACUUUCACCAAAAUCACGUCUACACCAGUGGAAGGAGGCAACUGUGGCUGAGAUGUAUCUUUUCUUUGCCACAAUAAUGCUUAUGCCACAUGUGUAUAAGCACAAAGUGAAAUCAUACUGGUCAACAGACCCCCUGAUUGCAACACCAGGUUUCAGUGAUAUAAUGCCAGUGAAUCAAUUUGUGCUAAUGUUACGUAUGCUUCACUUCUCAGAUAAAACCAGGCCUGACAGAACUGACAGGUUAUAUAAGAUUAGGAAUGUGUUUGUGUAUCUGAAACAGAAAUUCAGUACGCAUUUUUAUCCCUUCAGGAAGCUUGUAAUUGACGAGUCUUUGAUUCUGUUCAAAGGAAGACUCUCUUUCAAGCAGUACGUACCAAGCAAGAGGAAACGCUUUGGUAUAAAGUUGUUUGUGCUUUGUGAUUGUUACAGUGGUCUGGUAUUGGAUAUUAUUGUGUACACUGGAAGUUAUACAUUGCAAAAUACAGGAAGUUAUUGGGCAUCUCAGGUGAUGUGGUUCGAACAAUGAUAGAACCAUACCUUGGUAAGGGGCAUAUAUUAUAUGCAGAUAACUGGUACACAAGCCCCUCACUCAGUGAUUUUUUGCGAGUGAACAUGACAGAUGUGUGUGGCACAGUGCAUGCAAAUCGAAAACAUAUGCCCAGGUUUGACGCUGGCACUCGUAGAGGUGAGGUGCAGGCAUUUGCUGCCAAUGACAUCAUGGCAUUUCGGUGGCAUGACAAACGAGAUGUCACACUGUUGUCAUCAAUUCACCCUAAUGAAAUGGCAGACAGUGGCAGGCAGCAUAGAGAGAGAAAUGAACCCAUUCUAAAACCUGCAGCUGUGAUUGAUUACACCUUCAACAUGCGUUCAGUGGACAAAUUGCUGAUUGUGUUCACAAGAGUUAUAAGUGGUACAUCAAACUGUUUUUCCAUCUUCUGGACAUUUCCAUGCUCAAUGCUUAUAAUAUGUAUAAGAUGAGCACCAGAAACAAACCACAGUACGGCGAAUUCUGUUUCUGUCAUCAGACAAAUAGUAUUCAAGUACCAAGGAACAGCACCUGCAAUUGACCGCCCACCAAAUUAUCAACAACUACUUGCUCGUCUGAAGCAUGGUGAUCACUUCCUGGUAAAACUGCCUGCUACUGCUUUGAAGAAAAAGGCUCAGAAGAGGUGUUACGUCUGUGCACAUACAAAAAAACGCACUCAACAACGCAGAGACACUCGUUUUAUGUGUGAGGAGUGCAAACCUCCACUGUGCAUGACACCAUGUUUCAAAGAGUUCCACAGGCUUCAGAACUUCUAGAAACAUUCCCUGUGACUGUAUAUGUGUAUAUAAAAUAUAGAAAAAAUAGUAAUAAACAACAUUUCAUAUCGUUUGUUUGUGUAAAUAUUUUCUGUAAACAAAAUAAUGACAAUAGUGUUUACGCCCUUAUUGUGUAGUAUUGAAAAAGAAAUAACUUACAAAAUACUGAUCAUGUUGGCCUCAGAGGCCAUAAAAGUUACUCAGAAAAAGAAAAAUUGAAAAAUAAUUGAAAAUAGUACAUAAAAAAGUAAAUAGAAAAAUACCGGGUGACGGCAGUCGGCGAUGUUACCAUAUGUUGUUCAAUUUUGGCAAAUUUCACGCCUCCAUAUCUCGGUAAGUAUUGACGUUAAAAUUUUUUUGUUUAGCCUAUAAUGUUUAGAAAAAAAAACUAUUUUUUCAUAAGAAAAAAUAAUUUUUUUUUUUUUUUUAAAUUUGGCCGACCCUGAGAACGAGUUUCGGAGAGGGCCUGUCGACCCUCAAAGGGUUAAGGACAUUUGUGCAAAGUGGAGUGAGGUGCAAAUGUUUGUGGAGGAACAUCACCCUGACAAAGCUGUUGCAAGCCGUGUUGGCAACAUGUACAAUGACAAUGUCUUGUCCCAUUUUAGGCAAAUUUUAAAGAGAAGCCUGAAACAAAGCUCUCUAGAACAAUUAUUUGAGUGACAGGGGUCCAGUGACUCUCAAGCUGGUCCUAGUGGCAUUAAAAAACAAAGAAGGGAAGUAACCCCAGAUAAGGACUUGGUACCUUAAGUCUCUUUGGAAAGGGAUUCCCCUUCCAAACAAUUGUGUAACUUCUCCAUCCUCUCCCCUCCUCCUGUCUUCAUACACCAACAAGAGUCUCCAAUGAAGGUAAGUGUGAUGUUAUUAUUGUUUUAUACUAGAUGUCUCAUUGUUUUCUCUAUGUAAAUCUAUAUUUAAUGUAAAAAAAAUAUUUUUUGUUAAUACUUUUGGGUGUUUGGAACGGAUUAAUUGGAUUUACAUUAUUUCUUAUGGGGAAAAUGGUUUUGCCAUUCGUAAAUUUUGCCUUUCAUCAAACUCUCUGGAAUGGAUUAAUUACGAAAUUUGAAACCCACUUUGUUGUUUCAUGGAAAGAAAUUUGUUAGCUAUUGCAUUCUUGUUAUUUAGUAAUUAUCUGUUUGUCAUUGUUUGUUUGUAGUUUGCAUGAGCAGAGCUAAGCCUGUGGUGUCCUAUCUUUAGUUUGUAAUCUAUAGUAUUGUAUUAUAAUUCUUUUUAAUUAUCAUUGGUUUAACCCCUCUUGUGUCAGUGCCGUAAUAUUAUGGCUUUGAAGCCAGUGUUGGUCCCAUGAUACUACGCCAAAAUUCUAGUGACUUCAGAUCUUGCGGGAGAAAGCUGGUAGGCCUACAUAUGAGAGAGUGGGUCUGUGUGGUCAGUGUGCACAGCAUAAAAAACAUCCUGCAGCAAGCAUUGCAAAAUGAGAAAAAACUACGACUGUUUUUGGUUUAAAACAACUUUGCAGUGUAUUUUCAUACGGUAUUUAUGGUUGUAUUCUCUUUCUUUUUUUUAUCUCAUUAAUAGAAUGGAAGAUAUAUUACAGAAAUAGAGGUAAUUUUAAAUGGUUUACCAACUAAAAGUAGCUUGAAGUUGAACUCAAAGUAGCAGAAAUGUUUGAUUUUUGACUAUGUUCAAGAGUGAACAGCUCACGUCUCGCAUCCAAUGCACGUCAACUGGUGGGUCUAAUGUGCAUUCACAAAUGUGCUGAUAUUAUUUAUACAAUUAUUACAAUUAUGCAAUAGUCUGAAUAACAGUAAAUCAUCUACUUUUUGUGUGAAUAAAAAUUCAAAAUGAAAAGCAAGCAUAAUAUAAGAGGGGCCUGGAGACGUGACUAAUAAACAGAACAAAUGUUAUUUUAGUGCCAAGAAUGUCUGCAUUGUUCAUUCUGGACACUAUUUUGAAAUUGGCCUGUUUUGAAUUUUGUGUGAUAUUGGCCAAAUUUGUAAUUUCUGAUCACCUUUUUUUUGUGUAGUUGAAAUAGGAAAAUGGGCAGUUUCUUGUACUCAGUUGAUAGAAUAAAGUAAAAGUAUAGUUUAUUUCUUUGUAAAGGUUACAAUGUGUAAUUGCAAUUUUUGACUUGCUAAGUACAAAGAUAGUUACUAACAUGCCAAGGCAUUUUGGGCAGACUAACCCUAUGCAUAGUAACUAAUUAAAACUAGAUAAGAUAAUGGUACAUAGUAACUAUACUUAAAACUAGACAAGUAGUAGUGGUUAACUGUUUUACAGUCUUAUUUAAACUUAAUGCAAAUGUGAGGUAGUAAGGUAGAAUAGGGUUCGGUAAAAUAAUCUUGAAAUUGCACACAAAAUCUACCUUUCAAGUAAUGGUACAGGUGGUAAUAUUUUAUGGAUUGGCAGAAUUAAAAGCCUGGAGGUCACAUAGUGUAAAGUAAAAGGACACAAGCGCAACUAAUGUGACAUUUUUAUUGUGGCAACGUUUCGCUCUCCAGGAACUCUGUCAAGCUCCUGGAGAGUGAAACUGCCACAAAAAUGUCACAUUAGUUGCACUUGUGUCCUUUUACUUUACAUAUUGUCGGUAAUUCUACCAGCAAUAUUACAGGUUAUAUAAUAAAACUAGUUAGCAGGUGUUUUGGUUGAUUUGGUUAAUAUUGAGAGAUAAGAUGAUUUUUUAGCAAAG